GUUUGAAACACCUGAGGAAAAUAGUUUCUGCCUCUCUUGACACACAAAGAUGGCUGCAGCUCUGACUCUCCUUCUCAUUGGCUGUCUGCUGCAAGGUGCCCUGUGUGGAGAGUUUAAGGUUAUAAUACCACAGACUAUAGAGGUUGUUAGUGGAUCCUGUGUGACCAUCCCCUGCUCCUUUGACGUGACAGACCAGUUUGUAUCAAAGCUAGAUAACACAUGUAAAGCACAAUGGAAAAAAGAUGGAGUGUUUGUGUUUGAUAGCAGCCAGCCACAAACAACUACAAACAGCGGACAACUGACAGGAGACUUGACCAAAAAAGACUGCACCACAACCCUGAACAACAUACAACCUGUUGACAACAACAAAAAAUAUUCCUUCAGACUGGAAUGCGACGGCCUGGGAUAUGAAUUUUACGAACGAAUCUCUUUUUCAGUCAGAGCUGAUCCACUCAGACCGACUCUGACUCCGUCCACACUGGAGGUGAAGGAGGAAACCUCAGUGAGUUUGACGUGCUCUGCUCCAGCUCCCUGUCUGUCUCACCCUCCAAAUCUGACAUGGACCCCCGGCCUGGGUGACAGUCAGGAGACACUGCAGGAGAAUCAGGACAAAACUAAAGUCCAGACCUCUGUUGUCAGCUUCACUGCUUCUCUUCACCUCCAUCAUGGAAAGACCAUCUCCUGUACUGCCACCUACAACAAACAAGAUGGCAGCGCUGAGUCAGCUGUUAACACAAGUUUAACAGCUGACAUUUCAUGUGCCCUGUGUGGAGAGUUUAAGGUCAUAAUACCACAGACUAUAGAGGUUGUUAGUGGAUCCUGUGUGACCAUCCCCUGCUCCUUUGACGUGCCAGACGAGUUUGUAUCAAAGCUAGAUAACACAUGUAAAGCACGAUGGAAAAAAGAUAGAGUGUUUGUGUUUGAUAGCAGCCAGCGACAAACAACUACAAACAACGGACAACUGACAGGAGACUUGACCAAAAAAGACUGCACCACAACCCUGAACAACAUACAAACUGUUGACAACAACAAAAAGUAUACCUUCAGACUGGAAUGCAACGGCCUGAGUUAUAAUUUUCCCAAUGCAACCUCUAUUUCAGUCAGAGCUGAUCCACUCAGACCGACUUUGACUCCAUCCACACUGGAGGUGAAGGAGGGAACCCCAGUGAGUUUGACGUGCUCUGCUCCAGCUCCCUGUCUGUCUCACCCUCCAAAUCUGACAUGGACCCCCGGCCUGGGUGACAGUCAGGAGACACUGCAGGAGAAUCAGGACAAAACUAAAGUCCAGACCUCUGUUGUCAACUUCACUGCUUCUCACCUCCAUCAUGGAAAGACAAUCUCCUGUACUGCCACCUACAACAAACAAGAUGGCAGCGCUGAGUCAGCUGUUAGCACAAGUUUGACAGCUAAUAUUUCAGCUGCUCCAGAGAUUCUGCCCUCUUCUAACUGCACCAAAGCUGGAGCCCAACUUAACUGUUCCUGUGAGACUGUGGGAAACCCUUCUCCCACUUUAAUAUGGUAUUUGGACGGGUCACCUGUCAAUAACUCAGACAAUUUGACCAUCACCUAUGAGCCUCCAAAUGACACGGGCCUGAGGAGCAUCAUCACUGUGAACCAACCACAGGAGAGGGAUCUUUCCACUUUGCUCUGCCGCACCUCUAACUCUCUGGGAUCUGCUACUCACCACUUUUGUGCCUACUGCCUCAAGCCUGAACAAGGUUGCAGAGAAUGUCAAGAAUGUCCACGUGGAGUUACGUUUCCAGUCUUCAUCAUCACUGUUGGUGUUUUAUCAGCAGCACUAUUCUGUGCUCUUCUGUUUGCUAUCAGAGCUCGGGGGACUGGCUGCCGUACUCCUAAAAAGAGUCAGAGCACAGGUGACACCAGCCCAGCUGUGAUGAGUCAAGGCCUGACAACUGAAAAUGGAAAUAAGGUGUCCUGCACAUCAGAAGAGGAUAUUUAUGUCAACACCGAUAUGAUGAAAAAGUCAGAUAUGCCAAACGCUCAUCUAGCACAUCAACAGGUUGCCAGUAAAAGCUCAGACAAGACGAAUGAGGCAAACAGUGAUGUGUUUUACUCUAGUGUGAUCUGGAAGAGCAAGGAGAAGAAGGGAGAAUGCUCUGGAGGCAGGGGCCCGUCUGGUAGCUCCUAUCUGGAAGAGGAGAGGUGCAUGGAGGGAGGCAUGCGCACAAAUUAUGUGAGCAAUGCAGUGGAGAUGGGGAGUCUAUAUGACAACACUAGAAAAGAUGUAAAGGAGGCUGUGUAUAGUGAAUAUGCCCAGGUUCAUUUUAGAGACACAAAUGUGAUGUAAUGCAUGUGCCAUUACUACAGCUGUUUUUACUGCGGCAUUGCUACAUUGUAUUUGAUAUUAUUGGCUAUUAUUUAUUCAGUAGAAGUUUAUCAUGCAUUAGUAUUAUCUUCUCAAUGCAGAUGUAGCCAGUUUAAAGAGUUUUCAGUUAAAGGAACAGUGUGUUAGAUUAAGGGGGAUUUAGUAGCAUCUAGUGGUGAAGAUUGCAAAUUGCAACCAGCUGAAACUUCUCCUGGUUAUUUAUUUUUAGUUUUGAUUGUUCAGGAGGUUUUUACAAGGAGCCAAAUUAUCCGGAGAGGUCUCUUCCUCUCCAAAACAAUCGGUCCAGGUGAUUUAAAUCGAUUACAACCCUGAGUAAAACAGUUCCAUGUGACAAAUCAGUGUUUCUCCAGCAUAGGUCAGCAUAUCGCAGAUGGGCUGCUCGCCCAGCACCUGCUAAUGUGUCUUCAGUGUCCUCGUUUUUCUCUGAUAACUUAAUGUGUGCUCACCUUAUUUGUGAUCCAGAUGUUCAGGAGGUUUUUACUGUGAAUCGAGUUGUGCACAGAGGUCUCUUCUUGUCCAAUACAAAUGGACCUGGUGAUUUAAACCAGUAAACACAUUGAAUAAAGAAGUUUCAUGUAACAAAUCAGUGUUUCUCUGAUGCUGUUCGGCUCAUAAGGGAUGGACCAACUUUUUCUCUGAUAACUAAAGAUCUACAUGUUCAGGAGGUUUUACCAGGAG